ACCCGGUCCAAGACUUCUCGCAUGGCGUGCACUCUUCCAGUAACGCCGUGACGACCAAUCGAAUAUUCCCGAUGAAGCCGUUCCCGUCCUUACGUGUGGCACCUUUAUUUCUUGCUAUGGGUAUAAAGUUCCCUUGUCGCCUCUGGCUCUUGCCUCAUUGUCUUCACCUCACUCUCACGCCAUUCUAGCCUCACUUUUGCCACUAUCGAUCUAACAAUCACUCUCAAAAUGAAUCCUCCAACAGCAACUCGGCCUUUGAAGAGGCGAGAGGAACACAAUCAUCUGUCUCAGAAACUAGAAGACUUCAAAAGACCCAGAAUAACGAUUUCCGGUGAAGAUGACACGGCGAGUGUCUGCAAUUACACUUCUCUUCCCACGCCUCAUGCCCAGGAAUCUCAACAAGGACCAGACAUCUCUAUUGUCGAGCACCACGAUGACAUUGAGUACUUGGAGAGUCCCAUCGACACUGCUUCAGCGGAUGAUACUGAAGAACACGCCUAUUCAGAGUGUGGCGAGGCAACGGACCUGCUCAACUGCAGCAAUGUUGCUACGCAAAUCUUCCUUAUCUACCCUGGGAAAGACUACAUUCGAAUAUGGUCGCCUCAGAACUUCCUCAGCUGGACGUUUGAGGAUCUAGGGGAUGCGCUGCCGUCGGACUGGUGGGAAGCAAUUGAGGCCUCACCGUCUGCACACUUUCAGAUUCGGGUUGCAUCAAAAAUAGAAAGGGGGCCUGUCACAGAACUGCCACUGAAUCCCAAUCUAAAGGAUCUCCGCGCUAUCUCAAGGGCGUUCGCCCAAUUUCGAUCAAGUAUCACGAACUGGGUGACCGCAGUGCGAGAAGUAGCAAGACCCGGCGAGGAGGUUGGCAUUACUGUCAAAUUGGAGCCGUGUCCAACAGACUGCUCCUGAUCUUGUCGAAAAAGACAGCACCCUCACGGCAGUCAUGGAUAGAUAGU